ACAUAAACUGGGGCUGCAUCUUCCUUUCUGGUAACGGCGCGUUCUUCAUCAACUACGUGAUCACGUCUGCGUUUAUUGGUACGGCCCUGGAACUACUUCGAUUCUCGGAACUCUUCAUGUAUGGCCUGAAGAUCCUCACUGCAAGAUCUUCCGCUGAGCGGACCUCUGUCAGAAAGCACGUGAUCUGGGAGUUCCAGUACGGUGUACAGUACGCCUGGUUUCUAUCGUUGUUUGCCAUCAUCAUGUCCUACAGCGUCUCCUGUCCCCUUAUAACUCCAUUCGGCCUGGUGUACAUGGUCUUCAAGCACCUUGUGGACCGAUACAACCUGUACUUCGCCUACAAGCCAUCAAAAAUCAGCCCCAACAUCCACUCAACUGCUGUCAACUACGUCAUCAUUGCUGUCAUCUUUCUGCAGUUCAACUUUGUGUUCUUCUCUGUUAUAAGAGGAAGCACGGAUCAACCCAUAUCCAUAUUUUCUGAUGCAAUCCUGUUUAUCAUUCUGGUUGUGUUCUUCGGGAAAGUGUGCUUUGGAUGCUUCCAGUCAAUCACUCCAUUUAACCCUAAUAGAUACCAGCCUGCCCACCAUAACCAAACCAACAUAGCAGUCACACAGCAACUUGGAGAACAGACAGGUCUCUCAAACAAGAGGGAAGAUUCCAAUCAGCAAUUUGUGGCGAGUGUUUUGACAGAGCCCCAGGGUACAUCUGUUGUGCAGUCUGCCUCAAGCACUCUGGCACAGUCCUAUGGCACCAUGACAACCACCCAACCAACCAGACAGACGGACGGAGAUACAUGAAUGGGGAGAGAGGGGAUAAAUAGCCUGAGAAUAUUGUUGGAAUAAUUUAUCGUAAAUGUCUUUUAAGUGUAUUUUUGGUAUAAAGCCAUUCUAUGAAGAAUUUUUAUAUUUCAAAGUAAAAUGGGAUAGCAAGAGUUUCUAAGUUUUUAUAUUUGAUGAUUAUUUCUCAAAGUAGGAGAAAAUUUAUGUUUAUUUUUAAUAAGGCUUAUAAAAGUAGACAGUGUUGUUAAAUAUUUAUGAUAUAAUAACAGGGUAUACAUAACAAUAAUGGGGAUGUAUACCCAUAUUGAAAGCAUUAAUCAAACCCCUGGAUUUAAGAUGAAAAAGUACCUGGAUCAAUAUCACAUCUCUACUAACACAUGCUAACCAAAAGUGGCUUUUAUGCUAAUUUGUAAUAAGAUAUGCAUGAGCCAUGUCAUGCAAAAAUGGGUCUUAUGCCACAUGCAGCAUUUGAAGCUUCACACCAGCCAGUGCAAUCAACCUGUCUGGUCAGGAGCUUCUCUGUCAGCUUUUGAGACCACGAUAACUUGUGCUACUUUAUAGCAGACAGGGUCGCUCCAGGCCAGACUGUGCAGAUGUGCAUUUUGGUUGGACACUAUGCUGCAUAUUGAAUGAGACCCAUUUUUGCAUGACAUCAGUUGUAUGGCAUUGGUUGUUUCUUUGUUACCAGAAUGUGUCGAAACCUGUGUUUCUGUACAUAUUGCCCUACAGAGAGAUGUAGAAUGAAAUGGAGGAUUGUGAUUUGUGUUAACUUUGUAAAAUAGAAAUUUUGUUUUUUUUGUGUUAAAAAUACUUUGAAAUAUUCAUAUUGUAUGUUAGAGAAAACCAGAUAAGUCUUGCAUUUUUGUAAAUUAUGCGCUGAAAGAUGCUGACAAAAAUAAAUUUCAUGUACAACACUUUCAGCUUGCAGCAUACACAUACAAAAUAAAAAUAGAUCCAUACAAUAUUUCUUAUGCCAAAAAGUGCAACUACAUGUGUGUUAAGAUUUCUAAUUUGGAUUUUUAAAAUGCAUUACUUAGCAUUAUCAGUUAUAUUUAUUUUGUCUGCUUUUCGAACCAAUUAAUUUGAAAGUGGCUUUAAUUUUGUUAUUCAAUGCAUGGUUUAACUUAGUGUUCAUUUACCAUUUAUUAUCCGGCAAGAAUGAACAUUUACCUUGUUGAACAAAACGUAUCUGGAGCGCAAUAUUUUAUGUGGAUUUACAAAUGUUUAAAUGGGCUGAUUGUCUGAGAUAACAAUAUUUGCCAUUAAGAAGGUGAGUACAGUAAAACAUGUCUUAUACUUGUCUGAAAUACAGCAUUAACCGAAUAAGUUGAAAGAAUUAUAUGUAAAUGUAUUCUGUGUCAUCAAAACUAUUGGUAUAGAAAAUAAAAUAAUAUUCUGGUUGAUGAAAGUUUUCUUAAAAGUAUGUAUGGUCAUUGAAAUAAGUUGCUAUAUGUAAGAAUGCCAUCAUGAAAGGAAUGAAUAAUUAUUGACUGCGUAAUAUCAUAUUGUUGUGAACUGAUUGUUGCUAUAUUAAGCCUAGUUCUGAGAAAAUUUGGCAUAAUAUAUGUGUGUAAAAUGUCAUCCCAGAUUAGCCUGUGCAAUACACAAAGGCUUAUUUGGAAUGACACUUUCCGCUCUUUUUUAGUUUUUUGUUUAAAGGAAGUCUUUUUUAAACAAAAAUUCAGUCAAGGCUGAAAGUAUCUUCCCUGAUUAGCUUAUGCAGACUGCACAGGCUAAUAUGGAGCAACACUUACACACAUGGAUUAAGCCCAUUUUUCCCAGAACGAGGCAUCAUUAAUUGGCUUGCUGUGCAAUAUUGUUGAGGUAUAUGUGAAAGUAUGGCAGGCUUAUCAAAUAUGAAUCCCUAUGUGUUUUGUUGGGACGUCAUGGCCCAGUACAGUGUUUUUAGGGGUAAUGCUUGUAGAGAUAAAAGAGUGGCAGGCACAUAUCUGUACAUCUGGUCCCCUAUCCACCCACCAACUUAAGUCUUAGAAUAAACAAUAUUCUUUAUAUUCAAGAACUACUGUAAUUGUUAGUCAAACUUUGCAUUCACCACCUCUAUCUACAUCAUUUUUUAUGCACAACAUUUUUAGCCUGUUUAUAUUCAAACACUGGAUAUAUUUGUCUUGGUUCUUAGCUUAUUCUUUAUUCUUAAGUCUAAGCAUGGGUUGGUGAAUAAGGGCCAUGACCUAUGAGGGGCUUUCAGUGUUGUUGUUGGAGAAUUAGUGAGUAAAAUUAGUUGGUUUGUUCUUGUUCACUUAAAUAUUUUUUUAUAUUAAGGAAUUAAACUAACAUUGCUUGUGGAAAGUUAAAAGUUGUACUUUUUUAACACAUAAUUAAUGCAAAAUAAUUUUGUCUUGCAAAAAAUAAUGGCAAACAACAUGUUCUGAUAAAUUCUACAAGUUUGGGUUAACAAUGUCACUCUUUGAAGAAUUUUUCUAAAUUUUAACAGUGAAAGUAUGAUUUUAAAUAUAUAUAUCAAUAAGUUUAAAGAACAAUUAUGACAAUUAUUUUGUCUUGUACAGAAGACAAAGAAAAAAAAAUACAUAGAAAUGACCGCUUAGGCAUGUAGAUUUAUUGUUUACAUAUUGAAGAUACCAGUCAAGAGAUGUUUAAUAGGCUGAUGUGUUUUACUUUGCCUUCAUUAAUUAGCCACAAUCAUAGACAUUUCAUUAAUAUUGUAGGCACUUUGAUAUAGGUUUGACUAUACAGAAACAUAAACUCAUGAUCAUAUUUCUGAUGUUUGUUAUGGGACUUUUUGAGACUGUCUAUUUUAUUUAUUUCAAAUCAUAAAAAAGUCAUGUUUAAGAUAUGAAAUACAAAUGAUAAGUCAUGAAACAUUUAUCAUAUAUGUUUUGAUUUCAAAUUUCUCAAAUUCUUGGCAAUAAAUGCAUUAGUAUAAGUAACAGAAUCUCAUUCAAUGUUUGAGAAUUGAGAUUGAAUUUAUCUGUAUUAUAGACUCUGCAAUUGGAACAACAAUUUCUAGGUGUUUGUUAUAGCCCACAAUUACACCCUAUCCCUACAUGCACCUAUAUUCAAAAACACUCACUUUGCUUGCAAGUUUUGCAUUGAGAUUGACCUGCGGCUGUUGUUGUUUAUAUUUAUUUGUUGUUGUUUAUGUUUAUUGUUGUUAUUGUUUAUGUAAAAAAUAUACUAAUUAAUCUACAUGUCUUAUAUUGCACCAACAGGGUUAUAUCUAUAUUAUGAAAAUUGCUUUAAUGUGAAAUAUUUUUGCUUGCUUUUCAAAUCUUAAUUAUAUAUGAUGUUGACGAAAAGUAACUACUCAUAAAAUAUGAAAGAAAGAUAUGGGACUUGGUGGUCAAAGAACUAGCACUACAUUUUAAUUAAAAUUAUGAUAUCUUCAAUAACAACUUUUAAGGAGUUAAAUAAUUUAUGUUUUACUAGCCAAGAACAAUUUAAAGAACUGGUAUACAUUUAUAACUUAUUAAUGCAAUUGUUGUAAUUCAGAUAAUUUGUCAUAUGAUAAACAGGAGUAUAUUUUAUUACUAUAAAUGUAUAAUGUUUUAUUCACUAUACAAGAGUGCUCAAAGAAACAUCAAAAUAUUAACAUGAUUUCACCGUUUUGAGCCCAUUGUUGAUUGUGGUUUCAUUUACUAUUAUAAACCAAUUACAUAAAAAUCUCACUAGAAUGUUUACUAUAUUCCACCAAUUUAAAUAAAAUAUAAAAAUAUU